UGAACCAUCCCAAGAUAUGCUUGAUCAACAAAAUGUCUCCAAUAUUUCCUUUGAAAACAUAAUAUAGCAUAAUCCUAGAUCAAUGGAGGAUAAAAAAAUGUUAGAACCUAGCCGGUAUGGAAAAAGAAAUGGGAAUCUAUAAAGGUGAUAAAGAUGAUAGACAGAGCUCGUAUGAGAUAUGGUAUGUUUCCAACUAAUCAUAUCAAACCAUAUAUGAGUAUAUUUCUUCUGUUUUAUUUGAACAAUAUUUAAUACCCCGGGUACUAUAAUCUGGUCAAUAAAACUUUUCAUUUUUCUUGAUGAUAGAAAAUAAUAAUUCAUCAUGGGUCGGGAUGAUUUGGGUACAGUACCCAAUACUUUCUUCUUUUCUUCCCUUGGUUUAGGUUUGAUAUUGACAAAAUGAACAGCCAUUCAUCCUCUAUGCCAAGAAUUGGUCACAUCUGAGAGAGGAUAGUGGCAUUUGAAUUGGAUGUUUCUUUCAUGCUGAUUUAGACCAAUGACAAAGCCUCAUGCUUGCUCUGAAAAGGAAAACUAUUCUUUCAUUGCUUUAGUAGCAAAAGUAGAGAUACCAAAUUCCAUCACUCAGACACCACUAUAGUAAAAGUCUUGCCGCCUUAGAAUAAGAAGCAAAAUAGUUAACUUGCUCUUUCCAACUAUUAGAUCAUAAAAUCGGUUGUAGAAACGUGAAGGCCACUUGAGGCACGUUGAGGCAAGUAACGUAUGGGUAACGAAUUUGUGAAGAUUUAUUCCAUUGAUGGUGCUUUGGGAAGUGCACGGUAACCACUAAUGACGCGUAGUAACGCGGUGAUGGAGUUGUGAAGAUCUGACACAUUGAGGUGCAUGUGGGCGUGUGGUGGCGCGGUGACGAAGCUAAUCUGACACGUUGAGGUGUAGGAUAAUUGCUGUUGCGCGUGGAAUAGUGGUAUUACCACUUGAGGUGUUUGGUGACGAGGUGAUGGAGGUGAUCCGACAUGUUGAGCAUCUCUAACGAGACAUCUCAUUGAGUUUCCUUGAGUUUCCCUAUUCGAGGCAUCCCAGGCAAGUCUUUUCUAAACGAGGCAUUUUGUUAGUUUUCCAAAGGAAUACUUAGACAAUGAUACUUCCCUAAACGGGACAUAUGAAGACCUUGGCGUGCGGAAACUUGAGUUUGUAGAUUGACCGCUAUCGGGAAUGGGUCUGAUGCCUAAUGGUGCCAUCCCCAAUGAUGACUACGAUAAACUUAUAAACUGUUUAUCAGUGAUCGAAAAGCUCUAAUAUCCCUUACCUACAAAUUAUGAUUACACAUCUAUACCUACACUUACCGAGUUUAUAUGUAUGCCUCCACUUAUCUAGUUAUCAUUUAUGAUCAUUACUCACCUAUCGCAAAUAUUUUCCUAUAUAUAGCGAAUAUUCAUAUAUUCAAUACAAUACAAUAUAAUAUAAUAUUUUUUCAUUCCUUUAUUUUUAAAUUCCAACAACUCAAACUUUAAUAGACCGGAUGAGAAUCAACAACUUGAAACUACCUUUACAAUUUGGGCUCACAUGGUUGAAUAACUUUCUUGUUCACAAACAUAGGUUCACAGUCACAAGAAUUCAAAUGUUUCUCGCAAGCAAAAAAAUGCACCAGUUUUAGAAUAAAACGAUAAUAUGACAAUAGACUAAUGUAAUUAUUAUUGAACCAAACACUUAAAAAUAUAUAGUAUCUUAUUCAUUAAACAUUACGGAGUAUUUGUUUUUUUUAAAAAUCUAAUUCCAAUAUAGUAACAUUACCUUUGAAAAAUUAACCAUUAUUGUGACAUUAAUUAUUUUUCUUGGUGUGACAACGGAGCGUUCGUUGUGGUCACUUGUAUCACGGCUCUCCUUGAUUUUGUUGUCAUGCGAGACGGUAUAAUGGACCAAAGACUCAGUGAUGGAACACAAGCCGCACGAGGAGGGGACAAGUUGUCAGCUGUGAUGUGAAGAAACUAAUAGAAGCAUGUGAGGAAUGGGGAUGUUUCAGGAUCAUCAAUCACAACAUUCCCAUCAAUUUGAUGUCGGAGAUGAAGAGGGUCGUCAGAUCUCUGUUCGACCUCCCCAUAGAAAUCAAACGCCGGAACACUGACGCCGUCGCCGGCAGUGGCUAUGUAGCACCUACCAAGAUCAAUCCUCUUUAUGAAGCCUUGGGUCUUUAUGAUAUAGGCUCCAAUGAGGCUGUCCAAAACUUUUGUACUCAGCUAGAUGCCUCCCCUCAACAAAGGGAGACAAUAUUGAGGUAUGCUAAAGCUAUACAUGAGUUGGCCAUGGAUAUAGGAUGCAAGUUGGGGCAAAGUAUGGGUUUGGGUAGCGAUUUGUUGAGGGGAUGGUCUUGUCAGUUCAGAAUAAACAAGUACAACUUUACCCCUGAGACUGUAGGACAAUCUGGUGUGCAAAUUCACACAGAUUCUGGAUUUCUCACUAUAUUACAGGAAGAUGAAGAUGUUUGUGGUCUUGAAGUUAUGGAAAAGAUAUCUGGUGAAUUUAUAGAGGUCUAUCCCUUACCAGGCACCCUCCUAGUCAAUCUCGGGGAUGUUUCGAAGGUGUGGAGCAAUGGAAGGUUUUGCAAUGUGAAGCACAGAGUACAGUGUAAGGAAGCGACAAUUCGAGUGUCAAUUGCUAUGUUCGUCUUAGGGCCAAAGGAGGGAGGAGUCGAAGCACCACCGGAACUGGUGGACUCUGACCACCCUCGUCUCUACGCUCCUUUGUUUUUCAAAGAUUACAGAAAACUUCUGCUCUCCACGGGGAUGCGCGACGGGGAAGCUCUUGAACUCCUGCGCACCACCAAUGCUUGAAAACCUAGCAGAUACACUUGGAAAUUGAAUGGAUAGAAAAAAUCUAAUUAGCAUUUCAAUUAGAUUGGUAACUGGUUAUUAAUGUAUUUUGUACCUCAAAGUUCCUAUGGUUUCUAUAUUAGACUUGGAUGUCUCGGCUGCCAUGUUUAGCUCCUAAUUAUUAUUGCAAAAGGGCAUAAUUUACUAGUGGUUAUGUAACAUCACCCAAUUGGCGAGAUUGAGAUUGAACCUCUUCUUAUUUUUUUUU